CAGGGGGAAAGCAAAAAAGAUUCCAUAAGAAUAAAAUAAACCUUCUCCAAGAUGUUUUUGAAGAGGAUUUGGUGGCCUGAACUCUGGCUCAUUCUGCUCUGGAUACUCUGCCUGCUUAGAUCUUCAUUCACAGGUGCCAAUGAAGCAGUGAGCUGUGACAGAGUUUCUGCAGCAGCCUUAGGUGAAAAUGUGAUGCUGAAAUGUAACUUUAGACCCUCUUUCGAUGUUUUACAAGUCACCUGGCAGAAGGUGGAAGGCUCUUCAUUCAAAAACAUAGCUACCUACAGCAAGGCACAUGGAACUAAAUCCAUAGGGCCUUACAAUAAGAGAAUUUGUUUCAAUGAUACAAGUCUGAAAGCAUCAUCCAUCACGCUUCGUAAUGUGAUACUGGAGGAUGAAACAUGUUAUAAGUGCAUCUUCAAUGCAUUUCCACAUGGCUCCUUCAGCGGAGAAAUUUGCCUCAUUGUACAAUCGAUUUCUGCAGUAAGAACUGAACUCCAUUCAAAUGCCAGUACCCCGGGGCUCCUGACUGCAGUCUGCUCAGCUACAACAAAACCUGCCCCAGAAAUCACAUGGAAGCCUGAGGACAUCCUGAUUGACCAGCCUCAGAUACAUGGAGUUAAGAAUGCAAAUGGCACAGUAACCGUGACAAGCACAUGCAACGUCUCCAUGAGGCUCCUGCGAUUGAAGAACCUCCAGGCUUUGACUUGUAUAAUAAACCACCCUGUGGGAAGGAAAGAGAAGAUAAUUUACCCACUAGAAGAAUAUGAAGCUACCGAUGAGGAGAGCGGAAUACGUAUCUGGCAAGCGCUUUGCAUAAUUUCUUUUACUCUGAAUGCCAUAGGAGUGACCAUCAUCAUCCUGACACGCAAGAAAAGCAAAGGGAAUAAACCAAUGAGUAGCAGCAUGCUAUGCACUCCUGCAGAGAAAAAGAAUUUGAAGCAAGAUGGAGGAGACAGACACCAGUGCCAGCCAACACCUAAGAGCCAGAGUGUUUCCUAUCAAAAUGAGGGAACCCCAGGAAGUUCGCGCAAGAGAAAACCGUUUUCAAAAUCAAAGGAGAGUAAAAUGGAUACACUGGUACCCAGAUCAAUGUUUUCAGAAGGAAAAGAAAAGAACGAGGAAGACAAUCUGAAUAAUUCAUAUAUGGAAGGGAUUGAAGAGCUUGAUAACUCCGAUUUUAAAAAAUUAGAGAGAAGGUAAACUUUCACUACUGAAAAUGAAAAAAGCAGAGAAACCAAUGUCACUAACUCAGCAUUCAAACCUGCCCCAAUGAAGAACUUUUUCAAAGCAUUGUGCACUAGCUUGGAGAGAGGACCUAUUUACUAUCACUUUGACACAAAAAGAGCUAAAAAGUGAGGAGGAGGGGAAAGAGGUGAAGACUUCAUUUCCCUCUCCCCUCCAUUUAUGGUACGUAAAAGGUAUGUGUCUCUUUCAGAGAAUCUGUUUGACCUGAGACAUGGAAACAGAAAACAUGUAGGAGAACAAAACCAGGUCACACGCCUUUCCUUCUCGCCCCCCCACCCCCGAAGGAAUAGCUGCGGCUAGAGCUGUGUGAAUAAUGGAUUUUUUGGUUUGCCGGCAAUUCCAAAAAGUUGAAAAAACAAUUAUUUGGGUCGAACCAAAAACAAUAUUUUUCAAAAUUUUCAGCAAAUCUAGGCUAUGUUUUAUUUCUGGUUCUAACAAAAUGUUUUGGCUGAGCACUUCAACAUUUAAUUUUUUAAAUCACCUUUAAAGUAAAUGUUGAAACAAAAUUUUUUCAUCAAAAUGUUUCAGCUUUUGGAAACCAUUUUUUUUUUUACUUUUUUUCCCCAACAAAAACAACUCAGCAAAAUUGAUGCAAACUCACUAAAAGUUUUGGUGUCACUGAAUCUUCAUUUUUUUGCCAAAGAUAAAGUUUCAGUUGAAAAGUUUCACCCAUCUCUAGCUCUGACACCCUUUUCAUGGAAAUUUACAUUUAAAAGUAAUUAUCUCCCCUUUUAGACUCUUUAAUCUUCAGUUUACUUGUUUCCUGCUAUAUCAGAGAGAUGAAAAAAUUGAAUGGGGUUUCAUUGUUGCUAUAUUGACCUCAGUUUAAAAAAAAAUAAUCCUGUCUCUUAAAGAGUUCAGACACAAGUGGAACACCUCUCCCAGCCUGUCCUCUCUCUUUCCCAGGGUAGAGAAGUUGUAGCCAAAUUAAGAGAAAAGAAAAAGAGGUAGUCACUGUUAGAUGAGUGGAGAGAAAUGCAGAGAAAAGUUCAUUUGGAGCAAACAGCAGGAGUUCUAAAAUCAAAUAGGGCAAUUCUGAUCUGGAAAUCUAGGUAGAUUAGACUAACAUUGGAUAGAAAAGCAGAUGUACCAUUUUAGUACUUCCUAUGUCAGAUGAAUACAAUGUAGAGAAAUUGUAAAAUGCAGUUUUUUAAUUUUAAAUCCUUGUAAACUUUCUUGCCUGCUUUAAUUUCAGUGAUUUUUCUUUGUACAUGUGUACAGGGCUACUUAGCCAACAGCGUCCAUUUUAC